AAAAAUAGAGAGAGAGAGAGAGAGAGAGAGAGGUCUUAUUGUGGGAGGAAAGGAUUCUUACUUAGAGCACAACUUCAUUUCCAGAUUCCAAUACCUUGUUUGUGUGUGUGUGUGUGUGUGUACGUGCGCGCACCCUGCUCCCAUUAACUCCCUCCUCUUCUUCCUCAUCCUCCUCCUCCUUCCUCUAUCCCACCCACCCCCCGCUCUCUCUCUAUCUUCUCAUUCUUCUCUCCAUUUCUUUAUUCCCAAUUGGGUCCCUUUGCUCUGCAGCUCUCUGAAGCUCAUUCUUCCUCUUCUCUCUCUGUCUCUCUUUCUCUCCUUAGCUCCAAUGGAGAGCCCAACAAGAAUACCUCGGACGCUCUCACCCUGCAGCAGUGGCAGGAGCCGACUCAGCACCGAUUCCAACUCCCCCGAGUUCGAGUUCUGGCGGCUCCAGGACCCCUCGCAGCAGCUCCCCCACUCCUCAGAUCUCCUCUCCGCCGACGAGCUCUUCUCCGGCGGCGUCCUCCUCCCUCUCGGCCUCCUCUCCCUUUCCCACCCCGACUCCGAACCCGGACCCGAUCCGGGGACACCCUGUCAUCCGGAACCGGAACCGGAACCGGAACCGGAACCGGAACCACCAUCCGCCUCCCUGCUAGACGAGGCCAAACCCUCCGAGGAGGCCCAGGUCGCGGCCGAGGCGGGGCCGCCCACGGCGUCGAAGCGGUGGAGGGACAUUUUCAAGAAGGCGGAGAAGAAGCCGGAAGAAGGUAGAGAGAGAUUGGAGAAGAAGAAAAAGGAGAAGAGGGGGCAGGGUGGAUCUGGCUCCCCGGAGUUGAACAUUAACAUCUGGCCGUUCUCGAGGAGCAGAUCCGCCGGGAACUGCGGGUCGCGGCCGAGGGCGGCUGCCGCCGGGGCCCGGAAGGUGAGCAGUGCGCCUUGCUCGAGGAGCAACUCCGCCGGGGAGAACAAGUCCAGGAAGUGGCCCAGCAGCCCGGGUCGGGCCGGAGUGCAUCUGGGUCGGAGCAGCCCGGUUUGGCAGCAGGUGAGACGGGCAAGCUCCGGGGGGCCCAAGAGCUCUGACCCGAUUCCUCAGAGCACCGACAAGGGUGCCAGCAAUAAGGAAGCCGUUGCAGACGGAGCCCGUCGAAGCCAGGCGGCAGGUGCUGGCAGUCGCUGGGGAGGCCGUGCUGUCAGGGGCGGAGCGAAGGCCCAGGUGCUGAAUUUGAAUGUCCCGAUGUGUAUUGGGUAUAGGCAACAUUUGAGUUGCAGAGGAGGGGAUAGCAGUGCCAUUGCUGUAGGUGCUGGCGGCGGGGCCAAGGGUGCCGGUGUAGGAGGAGUCGUGGAAGGCGGCAGUAGCGGAGGGGAGGGGAUUGUCGAAGGUGGAAGUGGAAGUAAUAAUUAUUUUAACUUGAAGAGUUUGUUUACGAAGAAAGUGUAUUAAUAAUAAUAAGUGCAUAGAAAAUCUAUCUCUCUUCUGCGGAUUAGAAGAACCCCUCCUCUGCUUUUUUUGCUGAAUAGAGUCUCUCCUCUCUUAGUUUGCCAUUUUAAGGGUUUCUUUGGUAUUUUCCCUGGAGGCCUUUCCAUUUUCAGGUUAAUGGUGGUGUAAAGUAAAUCGGCCAUAAAAGAGUCAAACUUUGAGACUUCCUAAAUAUAUGAUCUGAAGCUUUUCCUCCC